AUGCAUCUCCCAAGCUUGCUGUCGCUGGCACUGUGGUUCAGCCUCGUCUCCCUGGUCACCUGGUCUCCGCUCCGCAAGCACGUGAGAGACAAAGUUGGAUACCUCUUUAUCCACUUCUAUGACAACUAUUCUUCUCCUGGCGUAUACGAGACCUAUCCUGCUGGUGUUCGUGACAUGUACAUUGUCAGCCGCGCCGAUGAGUCGCAGCACUUUAUUAUUGGCACCGACCUGAACCAGACGGCUGCUGGCGGUUUCGGUGGCAAAUUUGUUUCGCGCAGCCUGGUGAUUUGGGACUCGAAAAAAGCCAGCUUGACGCAAUGGAAUGAGCCCAGACUGGUCACGGUGGUUCCGGAAGAGUACAGGAUGGCUUGGGCUCCCGAAGCUAUCUGGCUGGACAACGAUGAGCACUUUUUCGUAUACUGGUCCUCGAACAAGUUCUCUGAUGCCUCCCAUACAGGUGAUGCCGAUUAUGACAAGAUCUACGCUUCUUACACCACUGACUUUGUCACCUUCACUGAACCGCACGUGUACCUGGAUUUGGGGAGCCAUAAUGGCGUGAUUGAUCUCACGCUGGGACACGGACCCAUCGAUGGAGAUAGCCAGUACGUGCGCUUUUUCAAAGACGAAAGCGUCUACAAGGUUUGUGGCCAGGUCAGCAACAAUGGAAUCCACGCUGAUUGGCAGGAUAUCGAAUCGGCAAGCGAAUGUGUGGAUAACCAUCAUCGGGCGGAAGCCGCCAAUCUUUUUGCAGGAUAA